ACAAACCUGCCGCGACCGCUAGCUACUCUUUCUCUUUCUCUCUCUCACCUCAUUCCACCCUCAACGAACGAACAGCACAAUCACAAACUGUCUCUCAACACAUCAACAUGACGGUGGAUCCCAAAUACGAGUACGCUUCGGAAUCAAGCCUCCAACAUGCGAAUUAUAUGAAAAAUUCUAAGGCAAUUGGUGUGUUAUGGGGGGUAUUCACCAUAUGCUUUGCCAUUAUUGUGGUCGUGGUUUUUAUCCAGCCGCAUUGGUUGGGCGACACGCAGGAAAGCCGGGGCACUGGACAUUUCGGACUGUGGCAAGCAUGCCGGAUGGUACAGGAUGGUCAAGAUGUCAUUUGCGAGGGAAAGCUGACCGAUUUCAAUUCGAUUCCCACACCGGCGUUUAGGGCGGCUACUGUUUUCAUAGGACUCUCCGUUGUCAUAAUUCUUCUCUGUAUUUGCUGUAUGGUGCUUUUCUUCGUAUUCCAUUCGUCGACUGUGUUUCAUAUUUGCGGAUGGAUGCAGGUGUUUUGUGCUACUUGCAUGGUCAUCGGUGUGCUGACCUUCCCUGCCGGAUGGGACUCUGAGAUCGUCCGGGAAGUGUGUGGACCUCAGGCCGACGAUUACAAUCCCGGACAAUGCGGAGUUCGAUGGGCUUACAUCCUGGCCAUCAUUGGAGUGUGCGACUGCGGUGUACUGGCCGCUCUGGCCUUCGUCCUCGGAACGCGUUACGUAAAACUACUUCCGGAGCAUUACAUCACUUCCGGGUCCCUGUAUAAAGGUAGUGAAGUGAACAGCGCCUUCAUUGCUGACAACCAAUCAACUCCAUCCAGAAAAUCAACUAAUAUCCAGCCAGUCAUGGUAGUGCCACCUGGUGUUGAAUCCGAUCACUAUUCCGAAUACUCACACCAUACAUUGCGUUCCAACAAAGGCUUCAGGCAGGAUACUUUCAGCAACAACUCCGUGGCUAAUUUUCAGUUGUAAACACAGAUUUGAAAGUGAAGAAACAUUUUGAGAACUAUUUGAGUUCAAAUUUAUAAGCACUUUGAUGUUUUAGUAAAACAUCGACUGCUUAUAAAUAUGUGCUAAUAUCAUCGAAUAGACUAUUGUCUAUAUAAGAUGAGUGUGCCACCAUGGCAUCGAUAUGAUGCCAUUUUUGACUUUUAAGUGCAAUUCAUAAUAGACUUAUAUGAGAGAUUUUUAUAGGACAAUUUUGAAAGAAAGAUUAAAUAAUCGCAAUUUUAGAAUCUAGAAGUAGAAUGCACGCGUAAUGAGAUAUUCAGUAUUUGAGAUUAUUGCAUUUACAUUUUUAAUGUUAAUUUUUUUUUACUACAGUUGAUAUUUUUUUAGAUUUUAACACACAUUUUUAUUUGUUUAGAUUAUGAUAUGAAUUUAAUUCUAAGUUGGGGUAAAUGAUUUGUUAUUUAUUGUUUCUUCUAUUCCAGGAUAACAAAAUAAGGCAAAUCUCAUUUCAUUUUGUUGAAUUUUACAACUUAUGGGCGUUUCUCAUUGAAAUAGACUUUGUGUUUAGUGAUGGAUUUAUAGAUUCCAUACAAUACCAUUAAUGUGAAUACUUAUAUUUUGUAUUUUUCUGUGUUUUUUUUCCUCUGUAGUAUGCAAAAAAUUAAAAAAAAAAAAGACUCGUGUUAAGAAACGCAAAGUUUCUUGCAAAGAUUAAUAGUUUCUGUACAUAAUUUAUUGUAUUUAAUAUCUGUCGUUCACUCUUAAGAUUUAAUUUAAAUAAUAUACAACAAUAAUAGCAAAAAAAGAAACUUCUGUCGCAAUCGUUGACAUAUAAAAAUCAAAUAAGUACCAUAUGUCUACGUGGAAAGGUUGAAUGGAUAUGAAAUGAUGAUGUAUUUAAGAAUUUUAAGUUACCUAGAAUAAAGGGUUUCUAGAAUAUUUGUUUUUAUUUUCAGAUAAGUCAAGAGUGGUUGUGGUAUCAUUAGCUGAAUCCAGCAGAGGCCCAAUAUAAGGAAAAAUAUUUAUUUCUUGCUUACAUAGGGAAAUGUUGAGCGCGCGUGUGUGCGGGAGGGAGGGGCGGGGUGAAUCAUGCUGAAUCAUCAGAUAGACCAUAAUAGGCAAAUAGGGGCACCAAUAUUUUUUGUGAUAAUUUAUUUGUAUACUUUAUUUUUGCUCCAUUUGAUUUACAACGCCCUGUAUUCGAACAUAUUGGAAUUAAAAUCGGAUAAUUCUUAGAAUUCACAAUUUCACUUGGAUUUUCUCAUGCUUUUAAACUCGCUAAUAAAUUAAUAUAUUACAGUUUUUUUUCCUGCAACAAGCUGAUUGACUUACGAGUCAACUCCUGUGAAAAACUUUCGGAACUUUUGUUAUUUUUUUUUACCGUUUUGUUUAAAAUUGCCUUUAAAUUUAAAUGCUAAAUGCCAGUUAUCGAAAAGAACUAUCUUGAUCUACCUUAUCAACAAUUGAAUGUUUCCUGUUAUUUCAAUUUUCCAUAAUAAAUGAGACUUAAAAACUGCUUAUGUAGUGAAGGAGUACCCCCCCCCCCCCUCCCAAGAAAAAAUCUGGUUUUGGAAGUUAUGGCGAGGAAACAUUGCCCCAAAACUUGAGUUGCCUAGAGUUUCCUGCUGGAUUUAAUUUGCCCUUAGUGCUUUUCCUUGGGGCCCAUGUAAGCCGUCGGCCUGUUAUCUCUUUAAGCCAAGAUUUUGCCAAAUAAGACAUGGACCAACUGAUAAAAGCAGGAUAUUGAGAUUUGAUAUUUUAAUUAUUUUCGAUUAGAACUACAAGAUAGGAUUGCAAUUCUAAGUCAUGAAAUGUGGUGAUAAUGAUGAAGAACACGUUUCGCUGUUUGUCUUUGAUCUUUGAUAGAGUUGAUAUUUUUUUAAAGAAAGUACUUAUAUGUUGUUUCAUAAAUGUUGAACUGCUUAUAUGUAUAUUUUAUACUAAUUUUUCUUUAAAUUUUUUUAUGUUUAAAUAAUACUCUAAUAGCACAAGAUUCUCGAUAGUAUUUUUACGAUUUUUUUGCAAUAUCACGCGAUAUUCAGGAUAGCGAACAAAAUGUCAUGACAAUAUUUUUCGAUAUAUUUUGCUGAAACAGCAUUAGAAAUACACGGCAUUUUAAAAUCUUUACAUACUAUAUAUUGACUAACUAUAAUAUUUUAAAUACUUUACUAUGUAUUAAUUCUUUGUUUUCAACACUUUUUAUUGAUACAUUUUGAUCAAAAAUUUGUGAUAAUUCUGAUCAAAAUUGUAUAAUGUCGGGAAACAUUAUUGUACAAUAUUGAGGCAAAAUAUUGUACAUUAUUAUUCUACAAAUUUCAUAAUAUGACGUAAUAUUUUGUACUUUCUUGUAAUUUCGACGUGUUUUAGAAAAUGAGAUAAGAGGUAGAUCCUUUUUUCAAAUAUCAUUUUAUUUCUUUUUGAAUUUCUAAAAGUCUUCAUUAAUGUUUAAUAAAUAUUAUAGACUGAAGAUUUUCUAAUAUUAAUCAUCUUUAUUCUUGACGCAUUUAGAGAGCAUCUAGGUAUUAUUCCGAAUCUUGAGAGAUGAAAUUAAAAUUUUAGUUGUCAGUUCAUCUGAAAUAUUCUUCUUUUUUGGUAAAAUUAUAAAUGUCUCAAUUUCAGAUAAACCAAUUUAUUUUCUGAAAAUGUCUUGUUAGGUAUCAGUGAAAGAUAAUUAUAUUAUCGUGUAUAUUUUACCGACAUAUAUUGCCUUUUUUUUUAUACAAAUACGUAAAACAUUUGUUGAAAAUUUACUUUCAUACUUUAAUACAAAGUAAUUUUUGUAUCAUUGUGCAUUUUCGUUUGUAUAACUCAAAUUUAUCUUUUUAAAAAUUUAUUACUUGAAGACAAGUUAUUUAGCAGAGUUCAAUACGAAUGCUUGAUACAAAUCUUUUACGAUGACUUGAGGAUGCCAUCUUGAAAUAUACUGUACCACACGGGCAUUUUAGAGUAGUGUUCGACGAGAUAAUAAAUAAUAUGGCUCUUUGAUGCAAAAUUGUUGGUUUUGUAAACACUGUAUGAAUUGUGCUUAUUAUAUUUUGUACAUAUUGAAUUUUAAAACAUUCUUAUGCUCAUGUUGUCCGUUUAUAUGUAUAUCUAUGGUUUAAUAAAUUUUUUUUGUAAA